AUGCAGAGGGAACCACUCAGGGCAAUAACGAGCAGCUACAAAACAGCGUCAACUAACUGCCUCUCGGUCGUGGCGGGCGUACUCCCGCUCGACCUUGAGGUCAGGAGGGUGGCGCUGAAAUGUAAGCUAAGAACCGGUGGAAUGACCAACGAUGAAUAUGAGAUGGGACUCAGUGCACUCAUGGAGGAGUGGCAGGUCCGGUACGAUUCAGUCGAUAAGGGAGAUUGGACCAAAUUCAUGAUCCCGGACGUCGCCAGACGAUGCGAGCUACCAUUGGUGUUGGAUCAUUAUACAACGCAAUUCCUUACUGGGCAUGGAGACUUUCGAAGCAAGCUCUACAGUUUCAAGCUUCAACCCAGCCCAAAUUGUGCUUGCGGCAAUGGGGCAGAGACGGUAAGACAUGUACUCUUAGCUUGCACAAGGACGCAAGAGUUCCGCGAAGAGCUGAUAACCGUAAUGAUAGAAGAAGGGGUGGCUUGGCCCCCGGAAAGAGGAGCCUUCCUCAGUACAAGAAGGACAUAUGAAGCAUUAAGAAAGUUCAGUGAAAGAAGCCUAAAGAACAGAACUGAUAGGUAG